UUAGUACUAUAAAAAUAUCAAAACACUUGAUAACAAAAAAAAAGAGAGAAAAAUGAGUUCGACAAUUAUUAUCUCAAACACCAAUCCAACGGUCUGCAUUCACUCAAAACCCAAACACUCCCCCGGUCCCGGAAUACGAUUCCCCCAAAAGAUCUCCUUCAGCUCGCAGCGAAUCCGAACCCGAAACCGAUUCGGGGGCCCGAGGCCCUGCUCCACGGCCCAAAUAUCUGCGUUGUACGCUCCCGCCCAAACCAAGGAAACAAUGUACGAACUGCUGGGAAUUGCAGAGAACGUGAGCAACUUUUCCGACAUUAAAAAAGCUUACAAACAAAUGGCAAGAAAGUACCAUCCCGACGUUUCCCCACCGGGAAGAGUGGAGGAGUACACGAGGAGAUUUAUCAUGGUACACGAGGCCUACGAAACGCUGUCUAAUCCGCAGACUAGAGCUCGUUACGACACAGAAUUAGCCUUCGGCGGUGGUUUUUCUUCUCCUCCAAGGAAACAUCAGGAAAAGGAGUGGAGAAGUGGAUGGCGGUCACAAUUGGACGAAUUGCAGCGACGUGACUGUAGGGAGAGGUCGACGUGGGGUUCUCGAGUGUGCAAAUGCUAACUAUUUUCCCAAAUAGAUAUGCGUAUUGUAAAACCUAGACGUUAAAAUAGAUUUUCAACUUUGUGAGAAUAGAUGGAAAAAUUAAGAGUAAAGUUUAGUAUUUUUUACCUUA